CUACUGGGAAUUGAGCUCAAAACCUGGGCAUAUGCCCUGACCGGGAAUUGAACAGUAAUCACCUGGUUCAUAGGUCAAGGCUCAACCACUGUGCAACACUGGCCGGGCUGGUAGUCUUGGUUUAUUCUUUGGCAACAAGUAGUUGGAUAUUAAUUUGGGAGUCUUUGGCAUAUAGAUAUUAUUGAAAAUGAUGAGACUCUAAUAUGAAAAGAUUGGGACAAAGUGGAUGACCCUGUAGAAGAGACGGAGACAGUGACCAGGGAGGUGUCCUUGAAGCCAAAUGAAGAACCGUAACCAAAAGGUGAAAAUGAUAAACUGUCAGAUGCUAAUAGACAAUUUGAUGCAGCCAGCCGUUAAUAUAUAAUUUGAAGUAGCCAUUUCAGGUUUGUUUACCAGAGCAAUUAUUUUGUUAGCUAGCUUUCUAAAUUUUAGCAACUUCUAAGUGACGCUUGUAGAUUUUCAUUAUAUCUACAACUGAACUUGUGGUAUUUCUUUACAACAGUUAUUUCUUAUAAUUCAUAUUUUGUGAAUUCAUCGUCAAUAUGAUCAUUUUUGUGAAUUGGUGGUGAUCAAAGCUGUCACCCAUCUACAAGAUUCCUAUACUACUGAGAUUUUCAGUAAAAGUGCCCUGUGGUCAGAGAGAACACAUACUUCUGAGCUAGUCACCGUCACUAAGUCAUGAAAUAUUCAACUGCAAAUUCCGAGUUUUAAAGUCUCAAUAAUAAAAUAAGUGCGUUUGAAAAUUGUGCUUGUUUGGACAUCCUGAAGAAAUUUAAAUAAAAUGUGUGUGUUGCAUCUUGAUAAACUGCAGAUUGGAUAACACCAAAUAUAUUGAGUUUCUCCUAAGAAAAUGGUUUGGGCUUCCAGAUUACAUCUUAUUUUUCACCCAAUCAAGUUUGUAUUGUACCACUUUUUUUUUCAUAUAAAAUGUCUUUCCCAAAUUCACCUGCCCUCGGGGACUCUGAAUUACACACUUAAAGGAGGUGUUCUUUCCAAAUGAGCAGAAGAAUGGCAUUCUGUUAAAAGAUGAACAGCUGGUCAUGCAGAAAUUCUCUGGAAUGCUCACUUGUCCUACAAGACAAGGAAAGAACUGAGAUGUGCAGUGUAGUGUUUGUUAUUGUUAUACAGAAUUGCUUUUUUUAUUUUUACAUCAUCUUACCAAAAAUCUAUAAUUUAAAAAAUUGCCCUUUUCUUUAAAAGACUGCUAGUCCAUUAAAUAAUGUGAAGAUCCCGGGAACCUGCCAACUGCACAUUUAGUGGGACUCAGGAUGGUGCUGGAAUUGUCUCAUUUGCCAAGGCACUGUUUCUUAGAUUAAGAUUCAGGAUCCUCCUGUUCAAAAAUUACCCUUCGUUCUUGAUUACCUUGGGGUUAAGUUCGAAUUUCUUAUCAUAGCACAAAGGAUUUGACUCUUGCUCAUCUCCAAGUUCAUCUCUCACUUGUUCCCCUAUUGAAUUCUUUGUUCCAGCCAUAAGAAACUAGCAGAUGAGCUAAGCUCUCCCUUCUUCCUGGCACAAGCAGCAGCCCUUCCUUUUACCGUGGCCAAUUCUGACUUGUCCACCCCUGGUUUAUUUCUUCUUCGAGUGAUUCUUCUUCAUAUCCUCAAGGUCACUACAGAGGGGUUCUCUGUUUAUUUGGGGAUGAAUCUCCCCACCAAGAGGUUUGGUUUCAGUUUGUGCUCUUUAUUCUGGUUUGUUUCUCAGAAUUUCUGUAGAAAUUGUUUGAAGAUGGAAGUAGGAGAGAGCUAGGGGCAAGGACAGCAUUACCUUCCCCAGGUCACAUAUAAAUGAGAUGACAAAACAGAGAUCUGGCCCCGUAGGCAUUUGUAGAGAGAGGGGCCCACGGAGACCAAUCUGCCCUUGGAAGCGCUCGGCUGUGCCUUGUAGUGUGGAGUCUCAGCACGGGCCAGUCCCGGGAUUUUAGUUAGAGUUGAGUUACUGUUGUGCGAUGUUGCAGACCGUCCAGGUGGGUCCAGAAGCGAGCUGGAGAAUUCGUGUCCAAGGUGAAGAUAGAGCCUGCGCUCCUGGACAGAAGGGAGGCGAGAUGCCAUCUGAGGUCGCCUUCCCACACCCCUUCCAAAUGGGACGGACGGGAGCGCUGCUGUUUCAACAAUUGCCCUCUCUGUCCCAAGAAGACACAGUUAAUGACCGCGAGCAAACGAGGGUGAAGACACCGUGUCCUCUCGGCCUUGUGCACUGAGAUGUUUACGUAGGGUCGGGGAGGGCACACCUCCGCGGAUCCCACGGCUCGCGGGCCUCAUGCUCAGCCCCCUGGCCCGCCCCGGCCAGGACUUCGGCUCUGCGGGGCUGGGUCCCGAGGGCGGCGGGAGAGGCUGGCGCUCCGGGCGCUGUCUGGUCGCUGUGCCCACCUCGCAGCCCCAUCUUCAUUUUUGAGGCUCUUAGCAGACGGCCCCGCCGGCCGGGGAGAGGCGGGCCGGUGGGGAGGGCCUCAGCGCCCGCCGGGAGUUGGCAUUUGCCGCCCCUGAAGGAGAAGGGGAGUUUCCGGGGCUCGGGUCGCCGCCGUCACCCUCUGGAAGGAGCGCGGAAGCGAGGGGGCGGUGAGAGGCGGGGCGAGGGAGCGGGGGGCGUGGGCGCGGCCGGCUUUGGACCGGCCCCAAGUGAAUGAGGCGUGCGCCCGCGGCAGAGCGCCUCUCGGAGCUGGGCUUUCCCCCGCGGGGCGGGCGCCAAGAGCCGCCUUUUCCGCUGGGUGUCACUCGGGGGUGGGGAAGAUGGCCCAUUCAAAAGCGCCGCGAGGGGGCCCGGCCAGUGCCCUUCGCUGAGCGCUCGCAAGAGGACGGCCGAGGCCCGGCGGCUCGCAGCUCCGGGACCUGGUGGAGCAUCAGGACGCGGCUGCCCCUCUGCCCGGACCCUGAGCCGCCGUCGCUCUGCUUCCUGCGCGUCAGCCUCCUCUGCGCGCUCCGGGCGGGCGGCCGCCGCGGGAGUCGCUGGGGCGAGGACGGAGCGCGGCUGCUACUGCUGCCCCCGGCCCGGGCGGCUGGAAUUGGAGAGGCCGAGGCGAGCGGCGCCCCCUCCUAUGCCGGGAAGAUGUUGGAGAGCAGCGGCUGCAAGGCGUUGAAAGAAGGUGUGCUGGAGAAGCGCAGCGACGGGCUGUUGCAGCUCUGGAAGAAAAAGUGCUGCAUCCUCACCGAGGAGGGGCUCCUGCUCAUCCCGCCCAAGCAGCUGCAGCACCAGCAGCCGCCGCCGCCGCCGCCCGGGCAGGGGCCCGCGGAGCCGUCCCAGCCCGGGGGCCCCACCGCGGCCAUCCUCGAGCCGCCGGCCAAGCUCAAGGAAUUGCACUUUUCCAACAUGAAGACCGUGGACUGCGUGGAGCGCAAGGGCAAGUACAUGUACUUCACUGUGGUGAUGGCCGAAGGCAAGGAGAUCGACUUUCGGUGCCCGCAGGACCAAGGCUGGAACGCCGAGAUCACGCUGCAGAUGGUGCAGUACAAGAACCGUCAGGCCAUCCUGGCGGUCAAGUCCACGCGGCAGAAGCAGCAGCACCUGGUCCAGCAGCAGCCUCCGCAGCCGCAGCUUCCGUCCCAGCCCCAGCCCCAGCCCCAACCCCAGCCCCAGCCCCAGCUCCAACUCCAAACACAUUCCCAACCCCAGCCGCAGCCUCAACCCAAGCCUCAACCCCAACCCAAGCCGCAGCCCCAACAGCUCCACCCGUAUCCGCAUCCACACUCGCAUCCUCACCAGCACCCGCAUCAGCUACCGCACCCGCACCAACAGCCGCUCUCGCAGCCGCACGGCCACCGGCUUCUCCGCAGCACCUCCAACUCCGCCUGAAGGGGGCAGCACCCGGGCAAGACGAGGUUUUGAGGACUCGAGGAAGUGGGACGAGAGCGCCUUUCUGUUGUCUUCAUUUGGAUGGAAAACAAAUCUCCCUGCUCUGCACCAGACCAAGUAGUUUGGCCGAUAACUUGCAAUUCCGACCGAUAACUUGCAAUUCCUCUUAGUUUUCUGCAUACUUUUCCUCAUCACAAUGCAGGAAACGAUUUCAAGGCUAGAAGGCUUUAUUUAUGAACCUUUGAAAGGAUCUCCCAGUAUGGUGGACCUUCUGGGAGCGAAGAUGUACUGUAAUUUUAUUUUAAUGUAUUUUGAUUUAUGAUUAUUUAUUAGUUUUUUUUAAAAAAUAUUUGUUCUAAGACAUUUCUGAAUGUAGGCCGUUUUCCAGAAAAGGAACUUUAUUUUCAAAAACCUAUUUCCUAGUAAGUUCUAAUCUUGGAAAGGAAAAAAGAGAGGUGUAGGGGAAAACAUUAAGACUUCAUUCAUUCAUUAUUCCUAGAUCAAUUUCAGAACCCGGACACACUUGUUAUGCCAGGUGGUUGAAAUUAAACUCUGUGAUAUAACUUUUUUUUUUGGAGAUUAUUUUUUUCCCUUUAGACUCUGUGUUGUGUAGAAUAGAAGUUUAAAGAAGCUAAAUGUUCAGAAUUGUGUAAUUGUGAAAAUCUGUUUUUCUAAAAGGAAAUGAGUAGUAAUGACACCUAAUCCGAAAUAUUUAAAACGUAACCCACCUGAUGGCAGGAUGAUCUUGAAUGUGUGGUAGGGCUAUGUCUACAGUAGAAAAAACCUUGCUUAUGCCAUCUGUGAAGGGUUUAAUAAGGAGAUAUUUAUGGUUUAUGAGUAUAAAUGCAUUAGGUGUUUCAUUUCAAAAAACAUAGUGGGGGCGGGGGCGGGAGGGAAUCAUUCAACUUGUCUGAGAGAACAUUUUUGUGUUCUGUCCACACUAGAGAUUACCCUUCGCCAAGGGCUUUGCACCCUUUACUGGAACCACAUUUCCUUACUUUAUUCUAGAAGCAUAUCCUAGAAUCUUAGAGUUUAAAAAUACAGUUUGUAACUAUUUCAAAGGUCUAAGAGUCAUAACUUUUUUUUUUUCUUACUGAAAAUAAUGUUAAUCAGAGAAACCAAUUGUUUUGCUUUUUAUUGCUCUGUGAGAAAUUGGAGGGUUAUAUGUUUUGCUGUUAGGUUAACUAAACUCAGACAUUGACAAAGGAAGGACUGGAUAAACACUGGGUUUUCAGUAGGAAAACAACCCCAGUCUUGUUUUAGCAGCACUUGUUCCUGAGGGGUUGGGGGGGGGGGGUACUUUUAAAGGUGGAACAAACCCUCUUCUGUGUUAAAUCAAAAGGAUGGUCAGAAUCCACAAGGGCAGAUGCUACUUCGGUUUAAAACGAGCCAUAGAUGAUACAAAAUCCUCUUGGGGCUGAAAAUCACUUCCUAUCUGCAUGGCUUUACUAACGGGCCUCUGUUUUCCAUUAUCUUUUGCAAAGUCUUGAUCAGUAUUUUUCCAGCAUCCAAAUUGGAAGGUCGAUAUUAGGCCAAUGCUAAAUUAUGUAGUCAAGAAAUGAAAGCAGAAUUUUAUGCUAGAGAUACCUUUAUUCUCCUUCCAUCUGGAAAGGAGUUUCACAGUCAAAUUACUUGCUAGUGCAAUAUUUAAAUGAUGGAAUUUUGAGGCCAUAACUCUAAUCCAAAAAGUUGCAGGGGUAAUCUAAAACUUGAGCAAAUGGCAAAUAGAACUUAAGGGGACUCCCACUUCCAGAGGCUGUUUAAGUUGUGGCUGUGAACAUUUGUUGCAAAGAUUUAAAAAAAUCAUACACACACACACACACACACACACACACACACACACACACAUACAUAUGAUGGGCAGCUCAGAGAGUCAAAUCUAAAGAGUUCUUAAGCCAAGUUUGGUUCAGCUUCUUUGGUACCCCUGCUGUAAUUUUAAGAUAAUGCCUCAUUGUACCAGUGUUUUAAUAUAUGUAGAUCAUAUAACCCCUAUGAAACCACAGCUUUUUUCCCCAGAUAGAAGGAUUUUUCUUCCAAUUCUUGUGCUAUAUAAAAAGAUAAUAUUUAUACCAAGUAGUUUUAAAAUUAAGAUUCAUUAAGCUUAAAUAUAGGCUAUUGGCUGGUGGAAUUUUUCCACCGCCAUGUCUGUGGUUCCUAAUGGGGCCAUCAAAAUCAUGGUUCCUUGUCCUGUUUUUCCACAGCCCUUAGUCCUUGGUCUGCUGUGAUAUUUAUGUUGAGUUGACCCUCUUAGUGCCUCUCUAGUUUGAAGAUCUCUUAAUAUUUAACUGUGAAAACUCAGAAAUGAGAAAGGAGAGAAGUAGGAUGGUUUUUGUGUUUUGACACUUUGAAAUUAUUAUGGUUGAAUAAUUUUCCAGAACAAAGAAACAACUAUGCUUAACAAAGCGCAACAAAACAAACAAAAUACAAAUGCAAAGCAUUUUGCGUGUCAGUGGUUCUAUUCUACCUGUAAAAAAGUAAUAUUAAACACUUAAGGUAUUACAAGGCCUAACCAAUCACCUUUAUGGAAAAAGAUAAAAGUAUUUCUUUUAACCCAAGAAAAAGAAGAAGGAAAGGGCAGGUCCAACAGAAAACUCACCCCUUAAAUAAACAUAAAAUGUAAAAAGUUGGGAAAUUUAAAGGAUUUUUCAUCUGGAAACUGAAAUUUUGUCUUGAAACUUCUGUUGGCGCCAAGCCUCGUACACAGCUCAAUAACUAUUUGUUGGGAAUAAUGAAUGAAAGAAGGAAAAAGUGUGUAACAUCCCAGCACCCAGGAGGUGGUUUCUCUUUCUCUUGCCUCACACUGAGCUUCCUUUUACACUCAUUUCAUUCCCUGAGAAAAGCUAAUCCUGGACAAGCUGCGCAACAUGAGGAAGCUCCUCAGGCAUACUUUCUUAGUGGAAAUCGGAUCUGCUUAUGCCCUGCAGGGAAUGCUGAGGUCAGAGUAAAUGCCUAUAAAGAGCUCUUUCAAAAUGAACAUUUCCCUCAUAGAGGAAGCUGGAAUUUUCUCAUCUGGAAAUCGAACCAACUUUAUUUCACUUAACAUUUUUUCAAAUGGAGGUAGAAAAACCCAACUCAUUGCUUGAAAGAAUUCCCCUCACAUGUAAACACUGUUAAGAAGUCUGGCUUAAGUUCAAAGGCAUUUUUUGGUGUGUGUGUGUAUGUGUGUGUGUGUGUGUGUGUGUGUGUGUGUGUGUGUGUGUUUUAAACUCUGUCUUCAUAUACCCAUUUCUCUUAAAGAUUCCUCAUUUUAAAUCUGACACUACAAGUUUGUUGCUAGUGUGGAAGUUCAAACACAUCACUUGUUUUCGGUCCCCAUGGAAAGUAACUUGGUUUUAGCUUGUCUCCAAGUGUUUAUAAUAUCAUGUUCAAUGGCAGGUUUAGAAGAGGGGUCUAAGACUGUAUGUGAAAACUAGAUCAAUCCCAUAAAAUAUAGAGCUUUGUAGGAUGAGGAUGGGCUUGUGAACAUUCAUUCUUCUCUUUGUUUUUUGUUUGUUUUUUGUUGGUAAAUGUAAACAAACUUCCUUUGGCUUUACCAGUAAAAUGCCUUCAGCUGACUAAAAUUUAAAUUUGGAAGUUACAGAGCUUGAUAUUGAAUACAUCUGUGAUUCUUAUAAAAGAAAUAUGCCAAUUUACCAAAAACAACCUGAGAUGUAUUAAUUAUGAAAUUGUGUUGGGUGGGUUUUUAAUAACUACUUUCUAAAGUUUGGACACAAUGUGAAGGGUGACUUUUUGGUCUGUAUGUUGUACAGCCAAUCUAGAAUUACAUCCCAUUAGAUGACAAAGUGAUCUGCAACUUCAUUGGCAGGACAUCUGCUAAAUGGAGUGUAGGAUCCAACAGGGUUUUCUUAGGGCAUUAUUGUCCGGUGAAGGAAGCAGAGGACUCUGGGUCAUUAGCAGCAUCUUCAUAAAAGCUGGAGAGGCCUACUCCCUGUCGCUCUGAAGCUGGCCUAGUGGGAUAGUGAGGAAUUGGUUUUUAAUAAUAGGUGGUCCGUCCAGAUCACUGUAUUAAUUUUGAGAAGGAAGAUAAAAUGAUUGUCUGUUACAUUCCACUGUCGGCUUUCUGCUUAGUUUCAGAAUAUGCAAGUACCGGCUUCUGAAAAACAAGUAUCACAAUGUACCAAAUGCUUUACUAUCACAUUCCUGAACUUAAGUAUGCUCAUAAUUUGUGUAAAUAUGUCUCUUAAAUGAUUUGGGGAGAUGUGAUUUAUUUUUCAUAUUUUAAAAAUGCAUUCCAUUUAAAUAAAAUAUCGAAUGAGA